AUGAAUAAUCUUUGUAAACAAUUAGAAGAAGAUGUUGAAUUAUGUGAAUUUGAUUUAAUAUGUUUUUCAACAUAUUCCGAUGAUACAAAAUCAUCAAUAAUUUUAACGAAAGAACAAACAGGAUUUGUUUUCAUACAAAUUUUUAAUGAAAUUAUGUUACAUAUUAUUGAUGAGUUAAUUAUUAUGUUAAUAUUUUUAACUUGA